GCGCGGGAGGCGGGGCCGGGGCCGGGGCAGGUCGGAGGGCGGCGCGGCGGGACGAGAGCUGGGACCAUGGCUGUUGACUGGAUUGGUUUUGCAUAUGCUUCAUUGCUGGUGGUUGGAGGUGUGCUAGCAUACACUCGUAAAGGUAGUAAAAUCUCUUUAGCUGCUGGACUCACCUUUGGCUCAGUGGCUGGUUAUGGAGCUUACUGUGUAACGUGUGAUCCGAGAAAUGUGAAGAUAUCAUUGUUUUCGUCUUUUCUUUUGACCAUUAUAAUGGGAAUGAGGUUCAAGAGGUCCAAGAAAUUAAUGCCAGCUGGACUAGUAGCAUGCCUGAGCCUAUUGAUGAUUUUGAGGCUUGUUUUUAUGCUGCUGUAGGAGAAUUUAGAACUGAAUAUGACUGCCAUGCCCACCGAACAGACAUGCUCUCUGUACUUGAAAGACAAGUUUGAACACAAAUCUUACACUGCAUUUAUAUUUUCUGUAAAAGAUCUGUACAUGUUAAUUGAUUAUUGAUAUGUGUUGAUAUUUUAAAAGCUUUUUUAAAAACUAAAGCAAGUGUUUUGUUGGUAUAUUUUGAUCUACUUUCAUUUAAGCAGUCUAUUAACUCAUGGGAUUUUUCUUUGUAAGUUUGAUCUCUUUUAGGGGUGCAGAGCACCCCAGGAAAUUGAAUUACUCUUGCACUGUAUCUCUGAAAGAAUAUCUAUAAAUACAUGUUUAUGCUAAAUAGGUAUCUUGUAUUGAAGUGUAAUUUUGUAGUUUCUGAUAUUAAAUAAUCAGUUCUAAAUCAAAAAAGUCUUGGGCCUGUACUGUGUUGCACUAAAAAACCAACUUCCUUUCCAGCACACUUUCUUGUUACCCUGGUUCUAAAUAUAAAAAAUCAGUGUUCAAUUUAAAUGUAAAAUGUUUGAAGCUUAUCAGUUUUUUAAGCAGAGAAGUGAGCCAUUUUGCCAACGAAAGAGUCUGGUGCUCUUCUGUGUACUCAGUGGUGGUUUAAAACAUGUACCAUGCUGUAAAUUGCCAGUGACAUGAACCAUGGCUGAGAUACAUCAGGCUGCACAGAGAGGUUGCAAGCUCUCAGUACUCUGGAACAGGUUUGCCAUUCCAUUCUCACACAGAUUGUCUUGCUGAAUUCUUCCCUGUAAGCAGAAGAGACUGUUCAGUCACAAACUGUUCAGGGAUUGAAGUUGCUUUGAUUUGUGUAAAAAAUAAAUAUUCCUGGAGUCUCAAA